AUCGAGAGAGCUGAUACCUUGGAACUUUCUUCCAUCGACAGAAAUCACAUGAUGGACACAUCGAUCGACUCCAUCAUGAAAAACCACCCCGCUGGUUUCGCGAAGCUCAAAAGGACAUUCAGUCUUUUUGGCAGAGAACCUGGAACUGACUCGCUCCUAAAUAAAUACCUCAAAAACCGAGACUUCAAGCUAUUGGUCGAUGAUAGCGCCACUAUGAAAGACCACUGGGAAGGUGCCACCGUCCUCGUCAAGUGUGUUGCAGUCAAACUGCUUGAAUUCAACUCAGGAGGACUAACAUUGCGCUUCUUGAAUGGACGGAGGUCCGUUCCAAGGGGAACGGAUGCCAAAUCGUUUCAGAAGUGCAUGAAAAAGGAGCAUCCAGACAACAAUAAACCUUCUAUCGCUGUCGACGUGUCAAAACAACUUGGGGAAUGUUUUGACGAAUACCGCAAUUCGGUAGACAAGAGGAUGAAGGACUUUAAGAGUAUGCCCAAUCCCAUGACGGUUAUCAUGCUUACCAAUGGGCUUUGGACCCAGAAUAGGGAUCAGGCCAGGAAGGUCAGAGAGACCAUUGUCAACUGUAUCAAGAAAUUGCGGGAGCCAAGGCGACUUGAACAUAGUCUUGGAGACCGCCCGUUCAGCGUUGAGUUCGUCUUGUUCGGCGAGGAUGAGAUUUCCAAGACAAACUUUACAGAAUAUGAUGAUGAGAUAAAGAAUGCCGAUGGGUGCGACGGCCAGGAUAUUGUUGACUGGGAGCCUUGGAAUGGGAAUUUCUAUAAGAUUAUUCUGGGCAGCAAUAGCCCCGUAUUUGAUGAUUUGGAGACUAGCUUGGUCCCAAAGGGUCGGUCCGCAACAAGUUUUGGGCUUAACCAGGAGAGGACAUUGGGAAUUAAUGCAGCACAAACAUGGGACAGAUAGGUGUCAAAUUGGGAGAAUCUCGU